AUGGCCGAGUCGGGGCUGGGAUCGGAGGAGGAAUCAGGAUCAGAGUCGGGGUCCUCGCCGACCUUGUCGACGACCACCUGUUCUUGCCUCAACACCAACUCGUGCUCGAUGUCCUCGGCCACAUUUAACGACGUCGUGGCCAACACAGGGUCGUUUCUCCCGUCGCCAACGGCAUCGCUGUCGUCGGGCGAGGCUACGGGCGAGGCUACGGGGGAGGCUGCGGGCGAGGCGUCGGGCGAGGCGUCGGACGAGGCGUCGGACGAGGCGUCGCCGGCGGCAAUGUCGGCUAGCGAUCACGUUUGCGGGACCGAGAGCGGGGCCGGGAGUGGGAGCGAGCCGGUUGGCGACGAGCGCCAGACCAAGCUCGAAGCGACGAGGCUUCAGCUGGAGAAGCUGUCGAUGAUGGAACUCGAACGUGAGGGCCCGCGGUUACGUCGCGGACUUGGCUUUGCCGAGACUUCUGCAGGCGCCGCCCGAGCCGGAGCAGGCGGUGUCUCGGGCGCGGCCGCCCGGAGGCACCGCUGGCGGUUCGGCGAGUUCCUCGCGCCGCAAGACUACCUCGGGCUGGAGUGGAUCCUGGCUGGCGAGGGCCCGGUUGUCGAGCCCGCGGCUGCACAAACACCAGCACCGGCACCGGCACCGGCACAAACGCCAGACGUUGUGCGAGAAGUCACAGUUGCAUGUGACGAGCCGUCGCGCAGCCGCCGUCCCAUUAUCAAGGGCCGGCGCUCGCGCCAGUCGUUCCAGGACUUGUUCAAGGCACUCGACGCCUUUGCGCGAUCCAGCGAGGAGCAGACCGUCCUCGGCGCCAUGUCGCACCAGGAGCGUCGGUGCGUCAACCACAUCGCCAAAGCCUGCCAAGUCCGUGUCACCACAAAGGGCUCCGGCAAGCGCAGCUUGCUCUGGCUCUCGCGAACGGUGCGGACAACGCCGGUGACCCCGGCCAAGCGGCGUGCGCUCUUCGAUACCUACGCAAGCGGCGACGACAACAACGACGGCAGCGGCGGCAGCCAGAGCAGAGAGUCGACGCCGCGUGGCCGCAAGCUGAGCCGCGGUCGUCGCAAUCCUCGGCUUGCCUCGCGUGUCAUGGUCACCACCCCCAUUCCCCCGUCCAACAUCGGCCACCGCAUGCUGCGUAGCCUGGGCUGGGACGGCGGCCAGCUAGGCUCGUCACAGGUCGCCAAUGGCCUUCUUGAGCCGGUUCCGGUUUUUCUCAAGAACGAUCGCCAGGGCCUCGGCUUUGCGUCGCCCGAGCCGUCACCAGCAAGUGCUGCAUCUCCGGCGUCGGCACCAGCGCCAGGGUCGCAGCGUGGGCGCGGUCGUGAUCGCAAGCCCCCGUACUAG